AUGAACGGACAUACGGCGCAAUUCAACACGCCAAAUAUCCUGGCAUCGGAGGCAGUACUUAUCAUCCAUAGUACAGUCAAUAUAGACGCGCCCGCUGCGCUAGUUUUCCGGUCUUUGCGAAACACGGAUACAUGGCGUGACUGGAAUAGGUUUGUGCCUAAGGUCACCAUUGACCACCAGCCGCCAGAGGAUGAUCAUGUUACUGCUGCUGAAAUUCAGGAAUUGGUCAGAAACACGAGCAUUAAUGGUAGUUUCUACAGCGACUUGACGGAUGGAGGAGGCAAUGGUACGCGACGACCACGGAGUCCUGACGACCAGCCCCCUCCCCGGUUCCGGCUCAAUAGUAUAUCAAGUCAGAUGAGUGCAGGAUCAGCCGAGCAGCAGCCUCAACGGUCACAAAGCGUUGGGGAGGUGUUCACGAAUCUAUCACCAUUUGACAAGAGGGGCAGCACUGUAAGCACAGGAAGUGGUCAGCAAAAGAAGUCAGGCGCCCAGCUGUUCCAAGAGUCGCAAGAAAUCAGGAGGUCUUCCAUUGCUAGCGGACAAGAGCCACCAGCAAUAGUCAAUAGAGUUGAAAACUCUGACAGCCAUCGAGCUAGCAUUGCGUAUCCAUCUCCCAAUCAUUCUCGCAGGGACUCAAAGUUGAAGCAGAGGGACUCGUCUGCAGCGGCUUCGCGAGCUUACCAAUCUCUGAUGAAGAUGUACGGCGAGCCUUCUGUACGACUACAAAUUGGUACGAAGAUGACGUUCCAUGUCAGAAUGAAGCCGAUGUCGCCCUCUGAGUUUACGGAAACCAAAAUGGUAGUCAUUGAGAUAUCUAGGCCUGAUGACCCAGUCAAUGAGGCAGGUACCACAGCGCUUACAAGGUCGAAGACACAUACUCUUGACCGCAUGGGACAUUACAGAAUAGUGUGGGCCGCUGAUGCUGAAGGCGCAUCCAUAUUGAACCUCUCGGCCAUUUUUAGUGGCUCGAAAAUGCCGAAAUACCUGCUUCAAGCUGAGCGCGUUCAUGAGAUCGAACCGACCGGGCCUGAAUCGUGCAUAUACAGAAACUGGGAGUGCCAAAAAGGACAUGCCGCCAAGCAGGUGAAGAAGAAGUACGGAGACUAUUUACAGAAGAUGUUCGAUACAUGGGGAUGGGGGUUGAAGGAAUUUUGCGAGGGUCUGCAUGCGCCAAAGAUCGCAAGGAGAGACUUCAGUAUCAGUGCUGACGAGGCACCGAUUGUGAUCCAGACACUGACAUAA